AUGGCAAAGCUCUUUACCAGACGCUCCUUGCCCCCAUCGUCCGCAAGAAACCACUUCAGUCUGGCGACCUUUGGUGUUCAGCUGGGCAUGAUGUUCUCCGUGCAGAAGGUGGCCGACUGCUGGAUCCAGGAAGGGGCAAACCUGUUCCUGGCUCUCCUGCUGAGCAGCUUCUUCAGCUCUGAGAACCUGUCCGCUCCAGACGACGAUGGCGAGAUGAACAACCUGCACAUCGCCAUCCACCGCAUAACCAGGGGCCUGACCUGGUGUAGGGGACAGGUGGUGGAUUUCUUCAAUGGGAACCUGAAGCGUCGGAGGAAGAAGCGGAAGGAGGCCAAAGCCAUGAUGAAGUUGAAACGCCUCAGCAGCACACACACACCUGAGUCCAACGGGGCCGUUAUAGGCCGCAGUCUGGAGAAGUUCGUGGCCCCGGAGGAGGACAGCUACAUGACCAACCCCAACCUAACCAUCAGCGUGCCCAUUGCGCCGGGGGAGUCAGACGUGGAGUUCCCAGAGGAGGAGGACGAGGAAGAGGAGGAGGAGGACCAGCGGAGCGUCACCUCGGAAAAGGAGGAGGAGGAGACGGAGGAGGGGUUGGAGCAGAAGGAUGAAAUCAGCCUAUCAGAGGGCAGCACGGUGGACCUGAGGAAGCCCGGGGAGGAAGAGGACCACUUCUCAGAGAUGGCAGAGGAAGCCAUGGACCCUGAGAACUGUUUCCCUGACUUGUGUGUGCGGCGGUUCCGCUGCUGUGACGUAGACACGGCGGAGGGCCUGGGUUUGGUCUGGUGGAGGCUGAGGAAGACUUGCUACCACAUCGUCGAGCACAGCUGGUUUGAGUCCUUCAUCAUCUUCAUGAUCCUGCUCAGCUCAGGGGCUCUGGCCUUUGAGGACAUCUACAUCGAGCAGAGGAAAGUGAUCAAGGUGAUCCUGGAGUACGCUGACAAGAUCUUUACCUACAUCUUCAUCCUGGAGAUGCUGCUGAAGUGGAUUGCCUACGGCUUCAAGAAAUACUUCACCAACUACUGGUGCUGGCUGGACUUCCUCAUCGUCGACGUGUCCUUGGUCAGUCUGGUAGCUAACACACUGGGCUACUCAGACUUUGCUGCCAUCAAAUCCUUACGAACCCUGCGGGCCCUGAGGCCUCUCAGAGCUCUGUCCAGAUUUGAAGGCAUGAGGGUGGUGGUGAACGCCCUGAUCGGGGCCAUCCCCUCCAUCAUGAACGUGCUGCUGGUCUGCCUCAUCUUCUGGCUCAUAUUCAGCAUCAUGGGCGUCAACCUGUUCGCUGGCAAGUACGGCCGCUGUGUGAACCGCACGGGCUACGUGUACAACGCCUCCUUCGUAAACAACAAGACCGAGUGCCUGGCGCUCAACGACACUCACUUCUACUGGAGCAAGGUCAAGGUCAACUUCGACAACGUGGGCGCGGGCUACCUGGCGCUGCUACAAGUGGCUACGUUCAAAGGCUGGAUGGAUAUCAUGUAUGCAGCUGUGGAUUCGCGCUCGGUAGAGGAGCAGCCCAUCAAGGAGGUCAACCUCUACAUGUACCUCUAUUUUGUCAUCUUCAUUAUCUUCGGCUCCUUCUUCACCCUCAACCUCUUCAUCGGCGUCAUCAUCGACAACUUCAACCAGCAGAAGCGAAAGUUAGGGGGACAGGACAUCUUCAUGACGGAGGAACAGAAGAAGUACUACAACGCAAUGAAGAAGCUCGGCUCCAAGAAGCCCCAGAAGCCCAUACCCAGACCUAUGAACCCGGUGCAGGGCUUCUUCUUCGACCUGGCGGGAAAGCAGGCGUUUGACAUCCUGAUCAUGGUGCUGAUCCUGCUCAACAUGAUCACCAUGAUGGUGGAGACGGACGAGCAGGCGCCGCACAUGGAGGCCAUCCUGAACAACGUCAACCUGGCCUUCAUCGUGCUUUUCUCUGCCGAAUGCCUGGUCAAGAUCAUGGCGCUGCGCUGCUACUUCUUCACCGUGGGCUGGAACAUCUUCGACUUCGUGGUGGUCAUCCUCUCCAUCGUGGGCAUCGUGUUAGCGGACAUCAUCGAGAAGUACUUUGUGUCGCCGACGCUGUUCCGAGUGAUCCGAUUGGCCCGCAUCGGCCGCGUGCUGCGGCUGAUCCGGGGCGCCAAGGGCAUCCGCACGCUGCUUUUCGCCCUGAUGAUGUCCCUGCCAGCACUCUUCAACAUUGGCCUCCUCCUCUUCCUCGUCAUGUUCAUCUACGCAAUCUUCGGCAUGGCCAACUUCGCCUACGUCAAGAAGCAGGCGGGCAUCGACGACAUGUUCAACUUCGAGACAUUCGGGAACAGCAUGAUCUGCCUGUUCCAGAUCACCACCUCGGCAGGCUGGGACAGCCUGCUCAGCCCCAUCCUCAACAACUCCCCCGAGGAGUGCAACGCCCAGCUGCCCCACACCGGCACCAACGCCAGAGGCAACUGCGGAAACCCCUCGGUAGGCAUCACUUUCUUUGUGACCUACAUCAUCAUCUCCUUCCUCAUCGUGGUCAACAUGUACAUCGCCAUCAUCCUGGAGAACUUCAGCGUGGCCACGGAGGAGAGCACGGAGCCGCUGAGCGAGGACGACUUCGAGAUGUUCUACGAGGUGUGGGAGAAGUUCGACCCGGAGGCGACGCAGUUCAUCGAGUACGCCAAGCUUUCGGACUUCGCCGACACGCUGUCAGAGCCGCUGCGAAUCGGCAAGCCCAACAAGAUCAAGCUGAUCAGCAUGGACCUGCCUAUGGUGAGCGGGGACAAGAUCCACUGCCUGGACAUCUUGUUUGCCUUCACCAAGCGCGUGCUGGGCGAGUCGGGCGAGAUGGACGCGCUCAAGCAGCAGAUGGAGGAGAAGUUCAUGAUGGCCAACCCGUCCAAGAUCUCGUACGAGCCCAUCACCACCACGCUGCGCCGCAAGCAGGAGGACGUGUCGGCGUCUGUCAUCCAGCGCUGCUACCGCCGCCACCUGGUGCGGAGACAAAUGAAGGCGGCGUCCUUCCUGUACCGCCAGCUCACCACGCCGCGCCACGCCUCGGGCGAGGACGAGGCGGGUGGUGCUGGGGAGGAGGCAGUGGAGAAGGAGGGGCUGAUCGCCGCCAUGAUGCGGGAAAACUACAGCUCUGGUGGGGCGGCCAUGGAGCACUCCCAGACCGUCUCCACCAUCUCCUCACCACCGUCCUACGACAGUGUGACACGGGCCACCUCGCAGCUCUUUCACGGGCUCACCCCCAAGACAGAAGUGCCUGGCGCAUCACACAGCGACCUCAGCAAGCCGUCGCCACCAGAGGGCCCCGCGGACCCCAAGCAUGGGGUGUAGCCGCGACUCAGCUGGGUAUCAGAGGCAAUAACGCGGACCCCCAGCCUGGGGUGUAGCCGCCAUUCAGCUGGGGAUCAGAGGCACAAAACAACUCAACUAAAACACAAAACAAAGGCUGAUGGAAGAUCUUCCUGUUUGGGGUGAAAUGUGUACAUUCAUUUGAUGAAUUAACCAUAGAUCACUUUAUAAGAGUGAGGAGGAAGCAAAAUCAGGAGGGAUAUGAGAAGGACCGACGUAUAAGGAUCAAUUAAAAGAGCAAACAAUGAGGAUUUUAUCUUUCUUUUAUCAAACUCUCUUUUCAUCCAAUUUGAGGUCCUAAAGUCCUCCCUGCCGGUUGUUGUCAGGAGAUUCACAUUGAGGUCCAGGAGCAUUGAAACAAAUGAAACAGCAUUGAAACAGCGACCACUGGGAUACCUGUGAACUUCCUGCAUUGUCAUGACAACGGGAGCCUAGACGGUUCGAAGAGUCCCCGAUAUUUUGACCUCAGGGGCAAAACACUCAACUGAUCUAUCUAUCAUUCAUUAGACAGGGAGGGCCUAAUAGUCCACCCAAUAGUCAUCAAUAUUUAUGAAGCAUCUUGGCUUUAAUAGACUGUGGGUGGGAACACUUGGACCACUUUCUGACCAGGCAUUGAGGGACUAAUGGGAAUACAACAGAAAAGGCCAAAAGUAAACUUUAUCGAUGUUAAAAGUCCUUUAAUAUUGUUGCGAUUAUUAAAUUUUCUUAUGUUUUUUAGAGUAAGUUGAGCAAAACGAUUAAAUGAUGCUGGUAGACUGGGCUGGCGUCUCGCUUAACAACCAGGUUGCCGCGUCAGAAGGGGCAGAGAAACAUUCUUUACCGUCUGGGAUCGCUUCCCCUGUCCACCUGCUUUUAUUGAAGAAUUUUGCACUUUUGUUUAGUUUACCUGGGCUGUCACCCACAAACAGAAAAAACAAGCCGUUUAGAGCCUGAUACCUAAGACUACAUUGCAAUGAUUUUGUUUUAGUUGUCUUCUUUUUUGGGAGGUAUUUUACUUGAGAAAGCACCACAACAGACGCCAGUAACACAAAACGAAACACAUCCAAGAAUCUCCUGAUGCUUUAUCUAGCCUACAUCUUCAUACCGCACGGUUCCCCAUUCAAGCCGUGGAUGAUUUGUCAUCAAGUAACUAUUUUAAACGAUGUCAACACUCCUGGUAUACUGUAUUCAACCUAUGAAUUCAGUUCUAACAGCUGUUUGCCCUUGUGUAUAAGGGGGGCUCAUCCACAGGGCCCAAAAGCCAUGCACAAAAAGGAACAGAGUGGAGGUGUACUUCAGAUACUACACCGCUAGAAAGGAUGAGGGAAGUAGACUUCUUGUCUUGAGAAGUCACUAAAAAUGGGCCACAUUUCACACAAUAAAAAAACACUUUGAUGUGGAAUGUGGUGCUAUGAUAAAAUUGUUUAAAUACAGAGAAUAUGUCCAAUAGAGAUCAGGUUAGUUAGAUGUACCUGAAGAACAGCCUCAUCCUGCCCUCAUUACUUGUGGCUAUAAGUGAAAAAAACUUCUGAUUCUUUGGUCUGCAUUAAUUUGCCAGUAUAUGUAUACUGAACUUGCAUGGCAAGUGGAUCUGAAAUCUAAAAAUCAUCCACUGUCAGGAAAUCUGAACUGAUGUGAUUUCUCUGGCCAUGCAUAAUUUAUUUGGCAGGAAUGAGGCUGGAAAAAACUCAUUCAGGGCUGACUUCUGGUUGUUAAAGUGCUUUUUUCUCUUUUUUCUGAGUUGGAUCAAUAGUCUACGUUUAGAAAAACCAUCACAUCUGUAGUAAAGCCAGAAAUAAUUGAAGGAAUAAUGUUUUCAAGUGUCAGUGUGCUGAAGCAGAUCAGGAAAUGCUAAUGUGUGCACUUCAGUGCAGUGAAUGCACAUUUUUAAUACAUGUGGCAGAAAUACCCUUUUAAAUACACUUGUUAAAAUGAAGACAAUUAAACAAGGUUUUUAAAUGACUUGGCACCAUGAUUAUUCAAACCGGGGCGAUUAAUGUCAGGUGUUUUUUUUUACAAACAUAAUAGAGUACUUUCCAGGGAAGGAAACGGACAUGUAACAGAAGGUGGUUGAUUUCAGCUGUAUUGUCAUGAUUCGAUGGUCUGUUUCAAGUGCCGUUAGGGACGGUAGUGACCAUCCUUUUAUACUGGCUGACAAAUCCAGACCUGUAUCAGUCCUGACCGUUCCUGGGCUGUUUACAAAUUUAGCAUAUAUUUAUAAACAAUGAAGACAUUAGGAGAGCAGGUUGGAUUUUAAAGAAUAUCCAUUGCUGGUCCCAAAAUAACUUUAUCUGAAUUCUCCUAUGUUCCAACUCUGGAGCGAAAUAACUUAUUUUCUUACCAUAGAUUCCCAAGAAAUGUAUUAAUGCUUCUUUUUUGAAGAAGGAGUUGCUGAUGGAUUGUUUUAUUGAUUGAAUGAGUUGUUGUUUUAGUUUUUGUGUGUCAUGAUGUUCUGCAUCACAGAUGGAAAGCGGUGGCACCUUAUCUAUUUUGCACAGAGAAACAAAAAAACAAAACGUCUAGCAAUAAUGGUUUACUGAUACUGAUUUGAUACCGCCUUACUUUAAUGUGUUCCAGUGUAUUUAUCUGUGUAUUAUUGUCGGGCAAGUCAUUGAUAGCCUGCUGAGUUAAUACAUUGGCACUGUGUUCAAGAACAGUGUAGAAAUUGUAAUUGGAGUCCUGAACACCUGGGCAACCAAUGCUUUACAGACCAAUCUUUUUAUCAUAAUGGUUUAUCCCCCAAUGAUGUAAUCAAAUCUGUCAUAGCUUUGGUAAUUCCAAUUGGUUAACACUCACCUGUCCGGAGAGUGGUUUCUUCCCAUUGGUUAAUACAUAUGUUAUUAGACUGGAAUAAGAAAAUGUUAAAGUAUAGUGAUAUCCUUUUAUUAAGAAGCAGUGUCAAAGUGUGCGUAUUAUAGAGCCUUUGUUUAGUCUGGUUGAAACUCAAAUAGUUCCAACGAUAAACUCAAAUAAGUCAGACAACUUCUCUCUAUAAAUAUAUUUAUAUAUCUGUCUGUGUCUGGAUUUCAAUGUCUCUCUCCCUCCCCCUUUCUCUCUUCCUCUAUCUUUUGAUGAUCGACCAAGGGAAAGUUGCUAAUGCUUUACUUGACAAUUUAAAACAAAGCAGAAGAACAAUUUUACAGGCAGCGCCAGGACCCUAUUCUGCUCUUUCUACGAAAUUCUAAGUGGAUAGACACCCACUUAGCGAGUCGACUCCAGAGACACGGCAGAAGUUAGCUCCACAAGCAGAUUUCAGGGUUGCAGUUGUGUAUUGAAGGGCUGAUUUCAGUAGCAAUAGACCGAGAGUGUGCCUGGUACACAUGCCAUGCCCCUCCCCCAACACCCUAGAAUGCCUUUCCGUUGCUUCAUGGGGUUACUGCUACUACUUUCUUUGUUUUGAUUGGCUGAUUGACCCGUGGAUAGGUUCCAUCAGUUUAUGGAUAUUCAUGCUUUUUAUAUGGACUCACCCCUCGUCACCCCAAGCGCACUCCCCACACACAAAUACACACAUGCAGAGGCAUAAAGACACCAUCAUAUUCUACUCAGAGAGCUUAGCGACUUCAAAGUGACAUUAUAGCUUCCUAACAGCUCCAUGGUGUACGUUUAGCACAAUGGGAUGUAGCCAUCACCAACCCACGGGCCGAGGGAGGCGCCCACAGGGCUGACUGGUGAGAAGGAGCACUGGGAGCGGAUCAGGAGUCUGAAGACCAUCACACCAUGUCUCCUCAGAGCUUCCUUUCUGCCGCUUCUGAUCCACAUCCCCAAACGGACACACAAACCAUCCUGUACUAAGAAGAUGAAAAGCUGCUUUGCCAUCUCAAGACAAACGGACACACAACCAUCUCUGUAAUAAUAGGAUGAACCCGCAAAAAGAACAAAAUGUGGUUUCAUUGUUCAUUAUUAUUAUUAUUAUUAUUAAUGUUACUAUUACUUGUGUGAUAAAUGCAAUACAUCAGCUAAGUGAACAGGCAUCAAAUACUGCUGUAUCAUAUUUAUGAAAGUGGAAAUGAAAAUGAUAUUUAUUUCCUUUGUGGUGUGGAUGUGGUUUCACCGCUCCCUGUUUACACACGGUUGUGAAAUGGCCUGACACUCAUCACAAACAGCCACUUGUCUGGUCAGAGGUUUAUAACAGUUACGUCUGUUUGUGUGUUAUUUCAUGAUUGCUAACAACAACGUCAGUGUCCUGGACAUCAUUGCUAGGUGUGAUAAUGUUAAAGUGCUCUUCUGCUCUGCCCUCUGUCUUCUCUCUAUUCUGUCAUCAACCAUGAUCCGUGGUUUGGUUAAAGACAUUAGAAAGACAUUAUACUAAUACCAUUAGGAUAAUUAUUAUUAUUAUUUAUUAUUAAUUUAACGGUAUUAUUUUAUUAUUAUACAGACAUCAUAUAACCAUGAGUAUGACCCUAUAUUCACCAUAUUUCUUAUCUAAUGUGAGUUGUAGAGGGUUUUUCAUCUGCUUAUGUCCCGCCCACCACACACACACACAUACACUGACUUUCCUCUUAGUUAUCAAAAUUGACAGAAACUGAAUAAAAAACAAAAAGAAUAAAAAUGUCACAAGUCACAGGGAAAUUUUCAGGUUUGCAGCGAUGAAAGCUACGUUGUCGAUAUAAAUAAAAAAUAAAAAAGGUAAAAAAUAAGAAUAUACAUAGCCGAUAGACCGUUCCACAGCCGUUGAGUAUACAGAGGGAGGAGCAACUGGGUCAAGUAGGGUGCUGUACACCACCCAGCUAGAGACAGAAAACAGCGGAUGACUGGGUGAAGGGGCUGUACACCACCCAGCUAGAGACAGAAAACGGGAUGACUGGGUGAAGGGGGCUGUACACCACCCAGCUAGAGACAGAAAACGGGAUGACUAGGUGAAGUGGGCUGUACACCACCCAGCUAGAGACAGAAAACAGCACCCAUCCAGACAAACAGCUACAACAAGAAUACCACUACUGAAUAAUAUAUAUAUAACUUUUUAGUACUUUGAGUUUAAAUACUUUUUAGUACUUUGAGUUUAAAUACAUUUUAGUACUUUGCAAAUACUUGUCUGUAUAUAAAACAAAAGCCUCUGAUAAUAAAUGAGAAAAAAAAAUACAUACUGAAUUCGGUGGUGAUGUUGUAAUUAUGAACAAAUGUGUGUCCUGUUGAGUGAUUUGGUAGGGGUACGUUUUCCAAUGUCUUAGCUAACCCUAACCCUGUUGUGUGAUUUUGGUGGUAGUAUGUUUAUUUGUCUAAUGUCUAUUUUGGUUAAGAGACUAAAGCUGAAGAAGGCUCAAAUUCUUGGUUUGUGUACGGCACUUCAUAUAUUCUGUAUAGAUACCAUGUACUUCAAGGUACUGAUUACAGUUACUGAUUUAGAAUGAUACUGAGAAUUGUACUUGUGAUUUUUUUUAUCUUGGAGCCAAACUAAACACUAAACACUACAUAUAGCUAAACACUACACAUAGAUAAACUCCAAAAUCAAUGUUCCUGAUAUACACAAGUAUUGACAAGGGACAAGUAUUGUCUUUGUGUUCAUAAAAUGUAUAUAAUCCAUCUAUACAUUAAAACAAUUGUCUUAUUAUAUAUAUAUAUGAAUCUCAACGUUCCUUAAAACAAAGAUACGGUCAAAAUCCACAUUCCAAGAUAGAUGUAACACAGGUUUAAACUUUCUGAACCAAAGAUACGGUCGACAUCAACGCCUAGAUACAUCUAAUGUUGAGGUUUAAACUGCUCUCAGGUCUUCUGGGUUAUUGGUCGAAAUACAAUCAGGGUAGGCUAUAUUCUGUUUGAGAUUUGUGGAAAAACAUUCUAACAUGCAUGCCAAUAUCCUAUAUUAUUCAACAUUAUAUGAACACAGUAUUCUGAACAACCCCCAAACAUAUUGAUUCUAGAUUACUGUGAUGGAGCGGGACGCUAGGAUACAUACAUUCCAUGAACAUUAAUGUAUGCAAUUUAAGCACAGUUCAUGUUGCUUACGAGUUUAUGAGUUCUGUGUAAAGUGUAAUUAACUCAAAUCUAGAUGUAGAUAUAUCACCUUAAUAGUGAACGUCAUUUUCUAAUUUAAAUAAAUAUUAUUUAGCUGUCUUUUACUCCAAACCAUAGCUCACUCGUUGCAAUAAAAAUGAGUGUGCUUUGAUGGCAGCUAUGCUGCUAUGCUGCCAUGAGCUUUGAUGGUAGCUAUGCUGCCAUCAAUUGUUUGUUUUUUGUAGUGAAUUAGGUUCCACUGGUUAAACCUGCUUCCACUGCUUAAACUCAGUUCCACUGGUUAAACUAGGUCCUACUGGUUGAAGUAGGUUUGAGUGGUCAGGGGUCGUAAACUAGGUUCCACUUGUUAGGGGUCGUUAACUAGGUUCCACUGGUCAGGGGUUGUAAACUAGGCUCCACUGGAUAAGGGUUGUAAACUAGACUCCACUGCUUAAGGGUUGUAAACUAGGUUCCACUGGUUAGGGGUCAUAAAAUAGGUUCCACUGGUUAGGGGUUGUAAACUAGGUUCCACUGGUUAGGGGUUGUAAACUAGAUUCCACUGGUUAGGGGUCAUAAUCUAGGUUCCACUGGUUAGGGGUUGUAAACUAGGUUCAACUGGUUAGGGGAAGACACAUCUUCUAAGGUGCCUCAGUGCCAGACAGAACAGCGCCUCCCUGAAUGGUGCCCAGGCAAUAAACCCUCAUGGGAGAGAGGUUAUUAUUCAUGGCCCGUGAGUACUAUUUCUGUUGUUGAGUGCAAUGAUCAUGGCAAGCUGCAUAUUGAUAGGGAUAAGAAAUAAGGAACCAGAUUAAAAUUUCUUUCAUUUCAAAAUGUGGAAUGUGGAAUCAUUUUAAAUUAUUAGUUAAUUAUAAGCCACAUUAUUGAGUCAAAUAGAGUGUUUGCGUGUGUGGGCAUUAACAUCUACUAAAAUGAUUUGUUGGAGGCACACAAACAAUAGGAAGUGAUGGAAUUGGUUGGUGAUCUAGGGGUCUACACAUGCGAAUAGAGCUUGAGCUUCUUUAUAUGAAAGGCCUAAUAAAGGACAUACAAGAUUAUCAAUUUGGAUGUUCCAACCGGAAGUGAUGUAAUCCCUCCCUGAGAGGUAUUUGGAAGAUGUAGAGAAACAUCAUUAAUGGGAGCCUAGAAUGAAUUGUGAAUAAGAUAGAGAUGUCGGCCUCUUUGAUAUAAAUCUGAGCAUAAGGUCUACUUUAGAAUUGUUGCCACAGCCCACUGGCGGUUGUGUCUUUCAUAUGAAAGACGGCAUUUAACUAUAUUAGAAUGGUUGAUUAGGCAGCUGUAGCCCAAAUGAAGGGAUGCAAUGAGUAGGUGACAUAGGGGUCGAAGAAACUCACAAGUGAGCCAUAGAACUGGGGUCUCUUUAAGGUCAACGAGGGUCUCAAGGACAUAUACAUGGAAUCUCUGGCCUUUCAGGGAGGAACUCAUAAAGAAUUAUCAAAUGCUCCCUUGAAAUGCAUUGGAAACACAAUGCAUUGCCAUGAAUUCAUCUAAAUUUGUAUACAAGAGAUAGAAACUUGGCCAGUAAACGUAUCAACCCAGGGUAGUCUGUGAAGAGGCCGCCUGCAGCUUCGGUAUCCUAACCCUCCAACAUCGUCCUUAAGACCAUCCCUUAAUUUGACUCCCAAUUCAAACGCGUCUAUAUUUUACAUUGGUUCUCACUUUACAUGUUUCAUUGACACACAACACUCAUGAAUUAUAAUGACAUACCCUUGAUUUAAUACAAUUGUUGAGUAUUGCCUACCGUCAUUUAAC